GAACAUGAUGUAUAGAUAUAGGAGUAGACAUGGCAGAAUUUGGCUGGGGUUUAUCAGAGGAACUUAAAAAGAAGGCUAAACGGGAGCUAAAUGAGGAUCCUGAUGACAUAAAAGAUGCAAUACUAGGAGUAAGGGAACAGAUAAUCACAAGACCAGAUAUAACUUUCUUACGGACAGAUGAUACUUUUAUAUUACGAUUCCUGCGAGCCAGAAAAUUUGAUACAUUUGAGGCAUUUAAACUGUAUGGAAGAUAUUUUGAAUUUAGGCAGGACAAUUCAGACAUUUUUAAGAAAUUCCAGGCAUCAGAACCUGGAAUAAAAGAUGCUUUAUUAGAUGGUCUUCCAGGGGUUCUUCCAAACCAUGACCAUUUUGGUAGGAAAAUAUUUGUUUUGUAUUCUGCAAAUUGGGACAAUGGCCGCUAUGGCCUAGAUUCUAUAUAUAGAUCCAUUUUGUUGACGUUAGAAAAGUUGAUAGAUGAGGAUGAGGCUCAGAUUAAUGGCUUUGUUAUAAUAGUAGAUUGGAGUCAGUUUACUUUUAAGCAGUCAAUGUGGUUGAGUCCAAAAGUUCUGAAACAGAUGAUAGAAGGAUUACAGGACUGUUUUCCUGCCAGGUUUGGGGCAGUACAUUUUGUUAACCAGCCUUGGUAUAUAGAAGCAAUGUUUAAGUUACUGAAGCCUUUCCUCAAAGAAAAGAGUAGAGAUAGGAUUCAUAUGCAUGGUAUCAACUUAGGAACGUUACACAACUACAUACAUAAAGAGGUAUUACCUGCAGAGUUAGGAGGUACUUUACCUCCUUAUAACAAUCUCAUCUGGGCAAAGGAACUGAUAGGUGAUGAGAGUUUCAGCUUUGGCGACAAGCAAAUAUACUGGCCAGAUCACUGCUUUUCUUACAAGAACAGAUCUGAGUCAUUGCCAAGUGAAUUGUACAAUCAGGCUGAAUAUGAAGAAAGAGAAGUUAGUAAAGAUAAAGAAGACAUUAUUAAGACCAAACCAAAGUUGACAAGUAGCAAGUCACUAGGGAAUGCAAGGGCACAUCUUGACGAAGAAUUCUUUCUUAUAGAAUAGCUUUAUAAACACUAAAGGCACAUGUAGACCAAAAUUUGUUCCUUAUUGUAUAGUUUUAAAGAUUUAACAUGCUUAAGACACAUCUUGAUGAAGAAUUCUUCCUGUUUAGCUCACCUGGCCCGAAGGGCCAAGUGAGCUUUUCUCAUCACUUGACGUCCAGCGUCGUCUUCGUUAACUUUUUACAUUUUGAACUUCUUCUAGAGAACCACUGAAUGGAAUGAAACCAAACAUAGCAUGAAUGUUCCUUAUGAGAUGCUGACCAAGUGCUGUUACUUUGUAGUCGAUCCAUCAUCCAAGAUGGCCGCCAGCGGGGGACUUAGUUUAACAUAGGACCCUACGGUAAAUGCAUACAAAUGACUUCUUUUAGAGAACCACUGAAUGGAAUGAAACCAAACAUAGCAGGAAUGUUCCUUAUGAGGUGCUGACCAAGUGUUGUUACUUUGUAGCCGAUUCAUCAUCCAAGAUGGACGCCAGCAGGGGACUUAGUUUAACAUAGGACCCUAUGGGAAAUGCAUACAAAUGACUUCUUUUAGAGAACCACUGAAUGGAAUGAAACCAAACAUAGCAGGACUGUUCCUUAUGAGGUACUGACCAAUUGUUGUUACUUUGUAGUCGAUCCAUCAUCCAAGAUGGCCACCAGCAGGGGGCUUUGUUUAACAUAGGACCCUAUGGGAAAUGCAUACAAAAGUCGUCUUCUAGAGAACCACUGAAUUGAAUGAAAUCAAACAUAGCAUGAAUGUUCCUUUCCUUAUGAGGUUACUUUGUAGCCAAAUUUUAUCUUUUUUUAUAUGAUUUCAAAAACCCAAGUAGAGUCAGGUGAGCGAUACAGGCUCUUGAGAGCCUCUAGUUUAUUUAAUAUGGUAGCUUUAUAAAAACUUAAGCCAUAUCUGGAAUCAUAUUUGUUCCUUUUAAUACAGUUUUAAAGAAUAAGGCAUGUCUUAAAGACAAAUUCCUCUUUUUAGAUUUUAUUUAUAAAACUUAACACACACUUGAACAGAUUUUUCCUUAUUUCUUCAUGGAUAAGUCUCCAGGCAUCAAGAGCUCGUUUAAACAAUAAUUUGUCUGGUUUAUAAACUUGCAGUUACACUAAAACAAAGGGAGAUAAUUAUUGAUUAUAAGAAUUUUUAGUUAAUUUUCAUAUUAUAUGAUACAAAUACCAGUGCAAUAUUGAUUUGAAAUGUGUUCACUUCAAUUGGCUUUAAUGCAUAUAUGUUUUUUUAUUGAUUGGAUUAUAUGGUUAAUAUUGAUGGAGUUUAAAUUUUGCCCUUUUCUUAUCCUUGUAUCUGAUCUUCCUUGCAUAUUUAUAUAAGGGGAUAUAAUCAUUAAAGGGCUUGAUAAUCGCUGAAGCUGGACCUUAUAAAUUUUCACUUUGUCCAUCCAUCUGUCAACAAUGUUUGAAAACUCAGAAAAGUGUAAGCAGGAGGCAAAUAAUAUUUUGUGCAAUUGUUAUUUAAAAAUAACAAAUUUUAUCAGAAAUUUUUGAAGCUUUCUUCUGUGCUAAGAGUCUAGAAUGAAUAUUUGGUGAGUUAAAUUUAAUUUUAAUGAUGACAUUUAUUGAAGGAAAUCCACCUAUGAAAAUCUGCUUUAUAGUAUGUCUACAUAUUUAUAUCUGUAUAAAUUUUUACUUCUGUCACCAACAUUUAAUAACAUACAAUCAAAGCUUUUUGUUCUUUUUUGUAUUUUGUAAUAUGUUGUUUACAAUUUACAACUUAAACAGUCAAUGUUAAUUUUUGAUUAUUUUUAGUUGAAUACCUUAACAUUAAUGUUAAUUUUAAUGAUCAAAUAUUGAUUAAUGUUAAUGUAAAUGAUUGGCCUGGGUUUUUACAGAAUUUUCAUUACCAAGUUGGAAACUUGAAUAUCUAUGAAAUAAAUUUUCUUCAUUGUGUACUCACCAUGCUAAAUAUUUAAAUAUUUUAAAACAUGAUUUUACAUUCACAUCCAUCUUUUUCUUUUGAUUAAGACAUAUUUUAUUGCCUGAACAGUAUUUUUUUUAAUUUAUAUUCAUUUGGAAUAGUGCAAUAUAUACACAUGGCUGAUUGAUGUCUUAUGACGGUAUUUUAUUUUAUUUACUGGUAUAUUUUUUUCGAAAUCGUGCAAUAUAUACAAAGAACUGGUUGGUGUCUUAUAAUAGUAAUUUAUGUUAUGUUAUGUUAUUUGAAAUCAUGCAAUAUAUACAAAGAACUGGUUGAUGACUUAUACACUGUAAUAGUAGUUUAUGUUAUGUUAUGCUGUGUUAUGUUUUGUUUUUAUUUAUUUCUUCUUUGUUAUGGGAAAUUGUGCAAUAUAUACACUCUUUUUAUUAUUGUCAUUUAUGAAGAUCUGGAGUUUGUGUUGAAAGUAAGCAUAUUGUCUUUUUAUGAUGAAAUGUAAAUUGUCAAUUUUAAUACUUUGCCUUUUCAGCUGUUACUUUGAAGUCAGCACUUGCAAACCUAGAAUUUAAAUGUCUGAUUUGUAACUGAUAUUAAUAAGUUGCUAUUGAAUUUAUUGAGUCUACAGUUGCAUUUAUACUCAUUUAUAAUUUUUGUUUAAGUUUAUUUUUUGUAGCGUUUGAUUGUUCGUUUUCUGUUUAUGCAUGUUAGAUAUACAUAUUACUUUGUACAAGUUGUGCCAAAUUAGUUUAUAUGUUUACCUUUGCAGUAUAUUAUAUUAUAUAUCCCACCAAUCCUUUAAUGCCACCUUACAUUGUUGUUUAGCAAUUGAAACUUUUUAUUCAAAAAGUCCUGUAAAUUGUCAUUAUUUCAUUUUUGUAUUU